AUGCCACGUAAAGCCACUAAAAGCGAAAGUGCCCCCAGGAGCACUUCCAAACGUCCUGCACCGGAGGUUCCAGCACGGCAAUCUAAAAGAGCACGGGCUACCGCAAGGAAGUCUUACGUCGAGCCCGAAAGCGACACGGAUAGCGAGGAGAAGAAACCCAAGACAGCAGCGGCGCCCGAAGAUGACGAGGAUGACGAUGUAGCUUCUGACUUCGAGGAACAUAGCGACAAGGAUGCAUCGUCGGAAUCUGAGCACGAUGAAACCGCCAGUGACGAGGACCUUGAGGGCAAGCGAGCAGCUCCUAGAGGGCGCGGAACCAAGAGCCUUGCCAUACACAAGAAGGCCGCUGAUGAGAAAGAGCUAUGGAAACCCGGUGCGAAGCUCGCACCAGGAACGCAACUGAUCAUCAAGAAACCAAAGGCUCGAGAUGCAGGCGACACGCCGUACUUGGAUCACACAAUCCACCCAAAUACAAUGCUGUUCCUCAAGGACUUGACGGCUAACAACGACCGCCAAUGGCUGAAGCGUGAGUAG